UCCUGGAGAAUGCGGUAAUUUGAAGACAAACAACCCCGAGAUUGACAAGUGUUAUGUUACCUUUGAGUUGUGUAUUUAUUUUUGAACGAAACACGACUUUAGAGAUCAUAUCGAUAAGAAUGAUGAUUCCCAAUCAAUGUUUUGUGUGCUCUUAGCGCGACUGCUCUCGUCUGUAUGGCGAUGACAAUACUGAGCACGCGCAGUGUCCCCAAACAUCACUCGACAGCGUUUUGAGAGGCGAAGGGAAAAACAGUAGUGGUGGGAAGAAAGCAGAAGUAUGAUGGCGCUUUCUUUUGUCGCCGUCUUCAAUUGCUUUAAAAUUGGACUCGGCUUGAGUGGAAAACGUUGAACCUAAGCGGCCUUUCUGCGAUUUUCACGAAUUCACCAGAGGCAUCUAAACACACACUUCCGUUCUGAUCCGUCCCUGUGACGAUGGAGGAAUCAGUGACCACAUUUGAGACACAUUUGACCGCCGUCAUGGACGGCCUCAUCCGGGCGUCAGUAUGCGAGAUCACCAAACUGUUCCAGGAGACAGUGUCCGACUACCUGGUGGAGCUUUCCCUCAACCGCAAGGAGAACGACGCUCUCAAGCUGCGCUUGAGGCUCACCGAGAACAAGCUGAGGACGGAGCGCAUGUACGGCGCCGGCUGGGCCGCCAGUCGCCGCAACGCGGGAUCCAUGGCCGAGGAGGGAUUACGGCACAAACGGAAAGUUGAGAAGGAACCAGGCAAGUCAAAGAAGGGCCCUGCAGCAGCCUAUCGCAGAGGCUGGCCUGGAGGCAUGUGGGAGGAAGGCAGAGGAGGAGGCGGUGAAGGAGGAGCAGUCCCAGCAGCAGCGGUGAUGGCAGCACAAGAAGGAGGGAAAGAUUCCAGGCAGAGGUACCUCGUCCAGCUCCCCAGGGGUGACGAGGAUGAGGAAGGCAUGGCGCAGGAUGAGGAACGGGAGGGCAGCCUCAGCGGUGAGGGGGAGGAGAUGACUAGCAUCAAAGAGGAGUUUCCUCAGAAUGAAGGACAUCAACCGGCUUCUCUCAGGCUGAUCAAGGAAGCUCUGAAGAUGGAGCGGCCAAACCACAACUUCCGUGAUAGUUCCAGAGUCCAAAGUGAAGGAGUCCUAGCAGAUAGUCCUUUGAGCCUCACCUCCACCAAGAAAGAGGAAAAUGACUGGGAUGUAGGCACAGUGGCGCAAUCGGAGGGCGGAAUGACAGUGGACGAGUUGAGGGGCUUGGAGUCUGCAUUGAGGGCCGAGAGAGGCCGCGAGCAGGCCGCUCUGACGGCCUCCCAUCCCGCGGGCCCCGCAGCAGAGGUGGUGUUGGGUGGCAAGCUCGGCUUGCCUCCCAAGUACAUCGGAUUGGAUGGCAUGGAGCAGGACGGAGAUGGGGAGCCACAGCCACCCACAUUGCAGCCACAGUACCAGUUAGGCAGAGGCCGGGUGAAGGACAGCGCGAAGGGCCAUGGGGGGUUCGGGUCAGGCAGGUUUAAGAAGACAAGAGAGAGCGACUCUGCUCUGAGUGGAGAGGAUGGAGCAGAGCAGGGAGAGUCUGAGCACCUGCAGCCGUCGGCCGCGGGAAGCGCCGGCGAGAGCGCAGGGGAGGAGGAAGCCGCUCCCGACCUGCUCCACUUCUGCCCUCAGUGUGGAGGCGGCUUCACGACAGAACCUGAGCUGGAGGAGCACCCUUGCCCGCUAGGUGGUGCCCAUUUACAGAACAGUGGCGGCGAGGAAAACGUUUUCCCAUGUGCCCAUUGUGGAAAUACAUUUAGCCACGCGUGGGCACUCAAGAACCACGAGUGUGCCUGCGCCGCCGAGAGGCCACACUGUUGCGAGAUUUGCGGCAAGCGCUUCACACACUCGCGUUCGCUCGAGCGCCAUCAUUUGGUGCACACGGGCGAGAGGCCGCACCAGUGCCCGUUGUGCGGGCGCAGUUUCAGCCGCCUGGGGAACCUGGAGCGCCACCAGCGCAUCCACACGGGUGAACGUCCUUACGGGUGCGAGGCGUGCGGGAAGCGCUUCAGUCGAGUGGAGUACCUAAAGAGACACCAGCUGAUUCACAACGGUGAGAAGGCCUCAACGCAGUGCUCUGCCUGCGGGGUGAACUUCCGCGAUGUGGAGCAGCUGAAAAGCCACCAAUGUUUUUAAAAAAAAGUUCUGCGGAAAGAACAGCUUUUUAACUGAAUGUGGUAGCGUUUUGUUGGAUGACGUGUUUUUUUUUUUUUCCUCCCUCAAAGAUUUGCAGUUCUGCAGCUGCUGAGACUUCCAGGAACCUCAGCGGCUAUAAGCUAGAUAGCGAAUUGUCUUUUAACUGAAGCUAUUCAUCUUUGUAUAAAUCCUGUACUCAUUGAUAAAGAAAAAAAAUCUAUGUUUGUUUUGACACUAAACACAGUGCCCCCACGUCCCAUUAGAGGAAUGGCUGUAUUUUGUAUAUUUGUCUAUGGUCUGCAUUGAGAAAUAAACAUUUCAGUCCAUCAGAA